UGUGCCCGUGCCGAGAAUGGUGGAUAUUUGGGUUGUUGUGGGUGGUAAAUUCGCGUUUUUUAGAGAAUCAAUUUACAAUGUUGGUGUCUUAUUUUAGUUUCAAGGAUAGUUUGGUUUAAAUGUUUUAGGAUUUCCGAAAAAGGACAGACACAAUGUGGACGGGAGACGUACAGAGUGGUUUUUCCACACAAUGGGCUCUCAACCCAUCGACUUAUCAAAACUUACCAAAUGAACAAGUGGAUUGGGCUUCACUAGCUCAACAAUGGAUACAGAUGAAGGAGCAUUAUCCGCAGCUAACACCACCGGUGCCCCCUGCACCCCCACCACCUUCUAUACAGGCUGACAUAGAGGCGGGGGAGGCGCCCAUGGACGUAGCCAAGGACGAUGUCCCCCCCGCUCCAGCCCCGCCGUCUGCAGCAUCUCAAGUGUCCUCAGGACCUCCAGAUGGAAACUGGGGAACUGGAAGCUGGAACAACUGGCAGCAGUGGGGUUGGGGAUGGAAUGGCCCACCAGACUCAUACAAUGCGCCAGCCGCAGUCCCACCUCCUGCCACUUUUGACUAUAAUCACGGAGCUUCCAUGCCGGACAACUUUGACCAGCAGGGGCCGCCGGGGUACUGGUCUGAGGGUACGGCCCCGUUUGUACGGAAUAAGCCUUCGUCUGAUUGGAGGCCUGAGAGAGCCCCUAGUAAUCGGAGGCAUUCAGGGAAAGUAGAGGAAGUGGUGGAGCCAGACACUACAGCGUUAUUUGAUGCUGCCAAACGUAAACAAUUACCUGCAUGGAUCAGAGAAGGAUUGGAAAAGAUGGAAAGGGAAAAACAGAAGAAAUUGGAACGAGAAAGGCAGAUCAAGGAGAGGGAAGAAGAAUUGUUGCGUCGCAAACAAGAGGAAGAGGAAGCACUAGCGUCUGGCAUACCUCUGAAGAGCAAAUUUGACACUGAUUCAGAAGAGUCUGAAAAGGAGGAGGAGCCAGAGUCAGCUGUGAAACCUAGAAGAUCAAGAUUUGACCCAGCGUCAAGCCCUGAACAUGUGAAACCAACAGCAACAGCCUCGUACUCUCCACCUCCCGUCAAACGUAAAUCCAAAGAGGAGAUUACGCAAGAAGUUAUGCAGAAAGUGAGAUAUGUCCUGACUGACAUUCUCAUGACCGUCACCAAUGAGGAGAUGAGGAAGAUCGCAGAUGAAGUUUUAGCUGAUUUCCGUGCUAAAGCUCCAGCCUCACGGUUACGUCAGACCCCAGCUUUAACUUCCCUUACUGGAAAACUAGGGCUGGGCAUCUAUGACUCUGAUUCCGAAGAUUCUUCCAGCGAGAGUGAAGAUGAGCGGCCUUCAAAACAAAACGGGAUCGAUUCUGAUGACGAACUUCGGGAACGAAUCAGUCGCAAGAAGCAGGAGUUUGCAAGGAUUGAACGAGAUAUUGAACAUGAAGUUGAGCUGCAGGAGGAGCGUGAUAGAGAGAAGCAAACUGAGGAAGACGUGGAGGAAGAAGACAGACAGGAACGAGGAAAAGAUAUGGGACAGGUAGAACCUAAGCCGGUUCAUCUUGGUAAUAGGGCCGAAGUUGAAGCAGAAAAACCAAAAGCAAUCUCUGAGUUAAAAUUUGAGCGAAGCAAAUUGCAAAGCUUUACCCCAGAGCGGUCACACAAAGAGAAAGAAAGUUCAGUAGACUGCAGCGAAGAUUCAAAUUCUUCAAGCAAAUCGUCGUCUUCUAGCAGAUCUAGCUCGAGCUCUAGGCGUAAAAAGAGAAAAUCUUCAAAGAGAAAGAAAGAAAAGAAAAGCAGUAAGAAGAAGCGGAAGAGGAGCCGCAGUAGGAGUAGCGAUCGAAGGAAGUCACACAAGAAGUCUAGUCACAGUCACAGGUAUGAGAGGGAGAGGUCACGGUCGAGGUCGAGGUCACGUAGCAGAGGUCGCGAUCACUACCGUCGCCACUCCAGCGAGUCGUCACACAAACGUAGACGCCACAGCUACUCUAGGUCCCCGGAUCAUUCCAGGGGUAAGAGGUCUAGUCACAGAAGUCGAGACUGAUCUCACCUCCUUCACAACAAGGUUCCAAAAGUGAACUGUGCACGACUCUAUUCCAGUUAAUUUGGAUUGGAAACCUUUGGUGAAGAAUGUGCGAUGAUAAUCUUAGUGACUUAUGUUUAUUUCAAGUUGUGUUUUGACAUUGUACAUAUGGAGUCAUGCUUGUAUGUAUGUAGUUAUAUAAGUUAGAUUUAACGUUUUUAAAGUUUGCAUGGGGAACGUCAAUAUUGUUAUUGAAUACAGACUGUCAACUUAAUUUUAUGCUUGCCUUAAAGCUCACUUUGAAGAAAGUGUUUGUUCUGUUAGAAUUUUGAGCUAAAGUGAAUAUUGGAAAAUUUAUUUUUUAUUUUAUUAUAACAAUUCUAGUAUUUUUCUAUUUUCCAGUCCAGUCUUGUUAUGUGUUAUCAUUUUAAUGUAAAAUGUGCCAAAAGUCCAAGAAGUGUUAUUAAAGUACAGAUCUAAGAACGUCUUCUGUAUAUUUUACAUAUGUUAAAUUUAGGUGAAACAAACCUAAAAAAAUUGUGAUAUUAAUUCAGUUAAUUAACCAAUAUCUUUGUAUCAUUUUCUUGCAUAAUUUGAUUCUGAAUUUUAAAGAUUCAUCGCCUUUUACUGAAGAAUUAUUUUAACACCUCGCAGGCAAAUUCAAAGCGUCAUAAGAUCUGUGUUUAAAAAAAUUAGUAUCAAAGAUUCCUUAUAGGCUAUAGAAUUUUUUUUAAUAUAUCCCUGGAAGUCAAAAAAAUUGAUGCAAAAGUCGAAUUUGAUCAUUUAUUUAUUAGCCCAUUAAAUUGGCUAUGUCACUGAAAUGUUAGUUGGAAGACUGACUAGGUAUAAACUGGCAUACUUUUGCGGUUUUUAAUUUAUUGUUCCCUUUUUUACUAAUGGCAAUAAGUCAAUCUUAAUAAUUGUACAUUCAGAAUCCACCAAAUGUUUCUGAGGUAUUGUAUAUUACUUGUUUCCUUCUGUUUUCCUUUGUAAAAGUUGACUAUGCGGCUGUGUAGCACAUAGCCUGUUACAUUAUUUAUGUGUACAUAGUUGAUCUUUUAUUACUUUAAAUAUGUAAAGUUAAAAGUUACUAAAUAA